AAAUACUAUAAAACAUUUGGUCGGCUCAUCGGUUCAACACAGAAGUUUGUGGUAAUUGACUGCACUUCUCACUCCAGAGCACUGAUUAAAGCAUCAUGUUUGCCUGCAUCACUUUUUUUCUCUUCACUUCUACCUUGACUUUAGGAUGGGCAAGAAGUGUAGACCUUCAGCUCACAGAACCACAAACACCCAGCCUUUCCAUGAUGAACAUGUGCACCGAUUGCAAGAAGAUUGUACAGUUGUUGACAGAAGUCCUCUCCAGUCAAGACUCACAGCAUCUCAUUGAAAAAGCUCUGGACAAGUUUUGUUAUGAACACCCCGUCAUCCCUUUGUGUAUGGAUGGAGCAAAGACAUACGUGCAUGUGAUCAUCAGACAUUUCAGUGCAUUUGCAAAUCAAAAUGCUGACAUAUGCACAAUAUUGGGACUGUGUGGCAGCCAGUCUAAGAGAAAAGCACCAUCAAAGCUCACUGUUGGCCUGAAUGAGCAUGGUUUUCUCUAUGCAAAACCCUCAAGAGGAACUAGUCAAGAGGUUCAACUCAAUCCCAUCUGUAACUUCUGUAUUUUCUUCAUAAAGACAAUAGAAAGCAUGUUGCCUAAAGAGAGAACUGAAAAGGCUAUAGUGAACCUCCUGGAGAAAAUCUGUGACUAUUUGCCUUCACAAUAUAAGGACACAUGUAACAGCUUCAUAGAAACGUACGGAAAGCAGCUGAUUGAUCUGCUGUUGUCCUCCCUCCCUCCACAUGCCAUCUGCACUGCGCUGGGCCUGUGUCUUUUCCCAGAGACGCCACUGUCAUUAUCAGACUGCGAGUCCUGUAAGAUACUUGCAGUCCUCUCCCAGUUUCAUUUGGGUCUCAAUACCACUGAGAUCCAGACCUCUGACCUGCUCCAGAAGAUGUGCCACCUCCACCCUAACGCUAUUCCUCAAUGUGAAGGGUUCGUGAAACUGCAUGGCCACAGGCUCCUGAAGAGCGAUGGGAAACAUCCAGCGCUUACUGCAUGUGAGGAAGAUUACCUUUGCAAGGGACCCAAAUGAAAGUGAUCGUUCGGGCAAGAAUCAAAGAUCAGAAAAGAAACAACUUUUUACUGUACUUAACCAAGAUUUGUCUAUCCACUCCCCUUGCCACACACAAAAUUAAUUGAAAUUUGAGUCAUACAGUAAAUAUGGAGACAAUGACUGUCCAAUCAGUUUCAAGUGACCUUCAUGUGCCAAUUUGUAUUUAAUGUACCUGUACUUAACUACUUCCUAUCAAUUAUGUCCUUUAUCUGUAUUUCCAUGCUCUUAAGCUCACCGAGUAAACAUUAAACUAGUCAACUUAACAUAGGAAAUCCUAACAUAGCUUGCAUUUGGUGUAACAUUAUUUGUGUUAAAAUGACAAGAUAUAAACUGUACAGAUGAAUAUUUUAAAGACAUUCUAAGCAGUUGAUUGAGAGAAAACGGAAUGACAUUUCUGUUUGUCAAUUCAAAUGAAGGCCUUAAUAAUGUUCUCUAAUAUACCUGAAAACAUUUAAUAAAUCUCUCAAAAAAAAGGUA